GCUUAACAUUCCCUUGCAUGGCUUGGUAACCGAUUCACUGUGACGUAUGUAUCAAUUAGGACUGAUAAGGAAUGCUCGCCGCAUCCACGAUGGCCCGAUCGUGCAACACCUUAGUUUUGAUUUGGACUUCGAUGAUUGGCAGGAUCGUGAAUGGAAUGUAUGGGUUCAUCAGUGGGUUGGAUUGUGCUACAGCAUGCUACGGAGCGCUCUGUAACGCUCUGUAGCAAAUUGCGUUUUCCUGAUGUUAUGCAUAAUAGAUUCAAGCCGUUUGAUUUCUAUCUACCCCACAUCCAAAAGGCGAGUAGAAGAACG